CCCGCCUCGGCCGGAAGUCGUGCGUCCACGCGUUUCGAAAGAUGGCGGCGUCCAGGAGCGCGUGAGAGGGCGGGCCGGGCGGCUCUCAGGGACGCGUGGUCCGCAUGAAGCGCAGAGGCGGGCGCGGGCCGCGCCGCGGUCCUGCUGGCGGUGGGGAGAAGGCCCUGAAGAGGCUCAAGCUAGCGGUGGAGGAGUUCGUGCACGCGACUUCGGAGGGCGAGGCUCCCGGGGGUUGCGAGGGGCGCGGCGCCCCGGUGAGCUUUCGCCCAGGAGGGAGAAAAAGCCGUAAGGAACUGAGGAAGGAGAAGCGGCACCUGCGGAAAGCACGCCGGCUGCAGAGGACGGCGGGCCCCGACCAGGGUCCCGGCCCGGGAGGCCGAAGCGGAGCCGAAGAAGCCAGCGGUCCCCGGCGGGACACGGAGGAGCGCGCCCGCCCAGCCCCUAGUCGGGACCCCUCGCCUCCCAGGAAGCCGCGGCCGUCCCGGGUCAAGGCCAAGGCCACGGCCGCCACCGCAAAGACCAGACCCUCCGCAGCCGCCACCGCCGCUGCCCGGAAACGGGCGCUUUUAGCGGCCAACGAGGAGGAGGACCGAGAGAUCCGGAAGCUGGAGCGUUGCCUCGGUUUGAACAAGCGCAAAAAGAAGGACGGCAGCAGCUCCGUGCCGCUGAGCUUUGCACGCGACGGUCUUGACUAUAUUCUGGGAGCCCUGGAGUCUGGGAAAAAUAGCGGCUUGUACGACAGCAGUGGUGAGGAGGAGGAAGAUGCCGGACACACACUCCCCGAAAGUGACUUAGAGAGUGACUCCCAGGACGAAAGUGAGGAGGAGGAGAAGGGAGACGUAGAAAAGGAAAAGAAGGCGCAGGAAGCAGAAGCGCAGAGCGAGGACGACGACGAGGAUACGGAAGAGGAACAGGGGGAAGAAAAGGAAAAGGGAGCGCGGGAGAAAAGGAGGGGGAAGAGAGUCCGUUUUGCAGAAGAUGAAGAAAAGAGUGAAAAUUCCUCGGAGGACGGUGACAUAACGGAUAAGAGUCUUUGUGGAAGUGGUGAAAAGUACAUCCCACCUCAUGUGAGGCGAGCUGAGGAGACAGUGGACUUCAAGAAAAAGGAAGAACUAGAAAGGCUGAAGAGACAUGUAAAAGGUCUACUUAACAGGUUGAGUGAACCCAACAUGGCUUCCAUCAGUGGGCAGCUGGAGGAACUGUACAUGGCCCACAGCAGAAAGGACAUGAAUGACACCCUGACCUCCGCUCUCAUGGGUGCCUGCGUCACUGCCUCGGCCAUGCCCAGCAGACUGAUGAUGGAGCAUGUUUUCUUAGUCAGCAUCCUUCACCACACAGUUGGAAUCGAGGUCGGUGCCCACUUUCUGGAGGCAGUGGUGAGGAAGUUCGAUGCCGUCUAUAAACACGGAAGCGAAGGGAAAGAGUGUGACAACCUGUUCACCGUCAUUGCCCAUUUAUACAACUUCCACGUGGUACAGUCUCUCCUCAUCUACGACAUUUUGAAAAAACUGAUUGGAACUUUCACCGAAAAAGAUAUUGAACUGAUCUUGUUAAUGCUGAAAAACGUGGGUUUUUCAUUGAGGAAAGAUGAUGCUUUAUCACUUAAGGAACUGAUCACUGAAGCCCAGACCAAAGCCAGCGGGGCAGGCAGCGAGUUUCAGGACCAGACCAGGAUUCGGUUUAUGCUAGAGACGAUGUUGGCCCUGAAGAACAAUGACAUGCGCAAAAUUCCAGGCUAUGACCCCGAGCCCGUGGAGAAGCUGAGGAAACUGCAGAGAGCUUUGGUCCGCAACGCCAGCUCAGGUUCUGAGACUCAGCUUCGCGUCUCCUGGGACAGCGUCUUGAAUGCGGAGCAGACAGGUCGCUGGUGGAUUGUGGGGUCCGCCUGGAGUGGGGCCCCGAUGAUCGACAACAGUCACCACACGCACCUGCAGAAGCAGCUUGCGGGGACGGUCAGUUCAAAGAUCCUAGAACUCGCCCGGAAGCAGAGGAUGAACACGGACAUCCGGAGAAACAUAUUCUGCACGAUAAUGACAAGUGAAGAUUUUUUGGAUGCUUUUGAAAAGCUUCUGAAGCUUGGACUUAAGGAUCAGCAGGAGAGAGACAUAAUUCACGUUCUCAUGGAUUGCUGCCUUCAAGAGAAAACUUAUAAUCCCUUCUAUGCUUUCCUGGCUAGCAAAUUCUGUGAAUAUGAAAGGAGAUUUCAGAUGACUUUCCAGUUCAGCAUAUGGGACAAAUUUCGGGACUUGGAAAACUUGCCAGCUACGAAUUUCUCUAAUUUGGUUCAUCUGGUGGCCCACUUGCUGAAGACAAAAUCGCUUUCCCUUUCCAUCUUAAAGGUAGUUGAAUUCAGUGAAUUGGACAAACCCAGAGUCCAUUUUUUACGAAAAGUAUUAAGUAUCCUAUUAAUGGAAACGGAAGUUGAAGACCUCAGUUUAAUUUUCACAAGAGUAUCUGACAACCCAAAGCUGGGGAUGUUACGUGAGGGUUUGAAGCUUUUCAUCAGCCACUUCUUGCUAAAGAAUGCACAGGCCCACAGAAGCGCCGACGAAGCCAACGUGCUGAGAGAGAAAGCUGACCUUGCAACGAAGUGUCUGCAAGGAAAAGCUUCCCUGAGAAUGUAGUCAGGGAAGGAAGGAGGGCAGGUGGCCCUUUGACUGUAAAAUAUCCUUUGUAAACCCAAAGGCUUAUUCUGUUGCCUGCGUGUGAAUGUUUGGUAGAGCUAUAUCAUUGUCUGUUAAUGUAUUAUAUUUUGAGAUUUUUUUUGA